UAAAUUUUUAAUUUUUAUGUAAUAUAAGGUACACUUUAAAAAUUGUAUUAUAGUUAUUAUUUUCCACUCCAACUCUUAUUUUAAAAUUUAUUUAAAAAUUUGUGAUAUAUAUUUGUAAUAAUUUGUAAAUUUGUACAUCCAUAAAUGUGAUUUACUAAUAAAGUAUGACGAAUCAAUCCGACACAGACUUAGUGGAAGAAGUAGAGCCAAAACUCAAGUAUGUUAGACUUACUAAUGACGUUCAAACAAUAUUAACAAAAGAUGGCGUUAGUUACUUGGCUGCACAUCCAAAAUUCUUGUGUAUUGGUACCAAUUGGGGAUCAGUACACCUUUUAGAUUUUGAAGGAAAUAUUGUGAAAAAUCGGCAAUUACGACCACAUACAGUAUCCGUUAAUCAAAUAAGUAUUGAUAGUCGUGGAGAGUUCAUAGCUACAUGUUCUGAUGACGGAAAUGUGUUCGUAUACGGUCUAUACACCCAAGAAGAUGCUCAAGAAGUAACACUUGGCCGUUGUGUGAAAUCCGUUGCCAUCGACCCGUUAUACCACAAAUCUGGAUCGUAUAGGCGAUUUAUCACUGGUGACGAUCGUUUGAUGUUACACGAACGAACAUUUCUUGGUCGCACUAAAUCUGCAGUUAUAUACGAUGCUGAAGGUGCUGUGCACAAUAUGAGCUGGCAUAAUAGAUUUGUGGCUUGGGCGUCCGACAUAGGGCUUCGUGUAUAUGAUAUAAUAGCUAGGUGCUCACUUGGUCUUAUAAAAUGGGAUAAACGAGACAACAUAGUGCCUAGUACAUUCCGCUGUAACUUAACUUGGAAAGAUAGUAGUACUUUAUUAGUUGGUUGGGUGGAUACAGUCCGGAUCUGUGGAAUUCGUCGACGACAGCAAAGACUCAAUAAAGACACUCCCGAGUAUAGAGUGGAACCAAUAUCUAUGUUCCGCAUCGAUUACUUCAUCAGUGGAAUCGGCCCGCUUGACAACAAUCAAUUGGUUAUCUUGUGCUUCUCUAAAGAAAAGGAUGACGAUGGAAAAUCCAUGCGUCCACAAUUGUACGUGGUAGAAGCAAAAGAAUCAAAGUACGUAGAAUUGUGUACAGACAACUUAUCUCUGCGUGGAUUUCAAGAAUUCGGUUGUAACGAUUAUGCCUUAGAGAGUCUUGUUGUUGAAAAUCUAUUUGUUAUUGUAAGUCCUAAAGAUGUGGUGGUGGCGAACCCAUGUGAUGCUGAUGAUAGAAUUGAAUGGCUCAUUGAACAUAACAAAUACUCAGAAGCAAUGGAUGUAGUUAAUUCGAAGAAUGUUAUCCUUAAUCGGAAUUCUCGUAUAUCGGUAGGUAAAAGGUUCCUCGAUCAUUUAUUAUUCACUGAAGAAUAUGUGGAAGCAGGUCGAUUAGCCGCUGAGUUGUUCGGAAAUAACAAAAAACUGUGGCAAGAAGAGAUUUUCAAAUUUGCGCAAGUACAUCAACUUCGGCAAGUUUGUUCUUAUUUACCCCGAGGUGAAAUAAAAUUAGACCCACAUAUAUAUGAAAUGGUAUUAUAUGAGUACUUGAAACUUGAACCAGACGGAUUUUUAAAAAUCGUUAAACAAUGGUCACCAUCACUGUAUAACGUAUCGGCAGUCACUAACGCGUUAAUAGAACAUCUCAUAGUGGAUACUAGUUCGGAACUUCUUGAAGCGUUAGCUAUCCUUUAUACUCACUCAAAAAAAUUUGAAAAAGCAUUAACUGUGUACUUAAAACUUCGGCACAAAGGCGUGUUUCAGCUAAUCGCAAAACAUAAUUUGUUUGCGCAAGUACACGGUAUGAUAGAAGAAUUAAUGGACUUGGACUGUGAUCAAACAAUUAAAAUACUUUUAGAUAAAGACGCAAUACCAGUUGACGUUGCUGUGGCUAAGCUUCAGAACAAUAAGUUAUACUUAUACACAUACCUAGAUGCACUAGAAAAAAAAGAUACUCGAGCACUUGGUCGGCAAAACUUUCACAAGGAUCUAGUUCUUCUAUACGCAGAAUUCUCUCGAGAAAAGUUACUCCCAUUAUUAAAACGUAGCGAUAAUUAUUCCAUAGCUGAAGCUCUCGAUGUGUGUAAAAGACUUGAAUAUUAUCCAGAAAUGGUGUACCUAUUGGGACGAAUGGGUAACACCAAAGAUGCUCUUAACUUAGUUGUGUCACAGCUGGACAAUAUCGAACAAGCCAUUGAAUUCUGUAAGGAUCAAAACGAUAUCGACUUAUGGCAUGAUCUUAUAAGUCUGUCAUUGGAUCGACCGGAUUUUCUCAAAGUGUUGUUACAAAAAAUCGGUACUUAUGUCGAUCCCAGAAUACUAAUCAGCCGAAUCGGCAAGCAUACGGAAAUACCAGGGCUCAAACAAGCAUUAGUUAAAAUGAUGACUGACUACAAUUUACAAGUAUCUGUCGAAGAGGGAUGUACCAAAAUUGUUGUGUCCGACUGCUUUGAUCUGCACGAAAAACUUUACAACGCCCGACGAAAAGGAUGUAGUGUUCAUGAACAACAAAUAUGUAGCGCAUGUCAAAAAUGUAUUAUAGGCCAAGACUGUACUAGUAACGCUGUUAUAUUUUUCUGCCAGCAUGUGUUUCAUCAAGAAUGUAUCACGAUAGAUGGUUUGGAAGCUUCUUGUACCAUUUGCACGGAUAGUCAAAUGAAAUUAGCGACUUUUCAAUGAGCUCUCUUCCUACGAUGUACUAUAUGAUGAUUAUUUAAAUUGCAAAAACGUUCAAUUAAUAGUUCAUUAUUAAAUAACAAGCUGAAUCAGCGCAUUAGAUUUAAAAUCAACAAAUAAUGAUAUAUUAAUUGUUAUGCUUGAUCAAAAUUAUAUAUUUUAACUUUACAAUACUCAAAUGUCACGAUUUUUUUUUUAAAUCAUAACAUAACAAUGUUAUAAUAUUUUAAGAAUUAUUUUUUAUACUUAAUUAUAUACACUUUUAUAACUAUUUUUGUUAUUUAUUAUAUUUAUUUAAUUAUCGUAGUAUAUUAUAUUUUUUUGUUUGUAAAUAUAAAAAAUAAAUGUGGUGUUGAAUAUA